UUCAUUCCUGUUUAAACACUCUCUGGAGCAGCGAGAUUCAGCGUUAACCUUUUGUGGGCCAGAUAAGGUAACUGGAGCACAGAAAAGAGGAACUCUCAGACAGCUGGGCUCAGAGCUGCUAAGCCACCAACACGCAUUGACAGCUCCCUCCUCUUCGCUCGGACGGCUGCAUCUUCCGAGCGCUGCCCCAGCCAUGAACACGUUGCUGGGGGCGCUCCUCUCUUGGAGCCUGGUGGCCUGGGUGCAAGGAGCAGAGAAGCCUCCGGAGCCGCCAGUUGCUGCUGGGUUUCAGGGGUGUAAGAAAGCCCUGAAGCUCCCUGGGCUGGAGGUACUGCCGGGCGGGGGCUGGGACAACCUCAGGAACCUGGAUAUGGGGAGAGUGAUCAGCCUGGGCUACUCGCUGUGCAAAACCACAGAGGACGGGUCCUACAUCAUCCCAGAUGAGGUCUUCACCAUUCCCCGCAAGCAGAGCAACCUGGAGAUCAACUCGGAGAUCAUAGAAACUUGGAUGGACUACAAGAGCGCCGUCGCUGCCUCCGUCAACACCGAGGUCUCCCUCUUCUCCUCUCUCAACGGCAAGUUCUCCAGCGACUUCCGCAAGAUGAAGACCCACCAGGUGAAGGACCAGGCCAUGACCACCCGGGUCCAGGUCAGGAACCUGGUCUACACUGCCAAGUUUGACCCCGGGGCAGCCCUGGACAAGGGCUUCCGCCAGCAGCUGGUGGCCAUCGCUGGGCACCUGGAGAACAACCAGAGCCGGAUGGCAGACUACUUGGCAGAGGUGCUGGUGCUGAACUACGGUACCCAUGUCCUUACCUCGGUGGAUGCUGGCGCCAGCCUGGUGCAAGAGGAUCAGAUCAAAUCCACCUUUGUCCAGGACAACAUGUCCGCACGGAGUGCCAUCACCGCCGCAGCUGGGGCCUCCUUCCACAGCAUCAUCAACUUCAGCGUCAGCGAGUCACUGAGCAUGGAGAACUCCUUCACCAAGCACUACCUGUCCAACCGCACCAACUCCAGGGUGGAGAGCAUUGGUGGCGUGCCCUUCUACCCAGGGAUCACCCUCAAGGCCUGGCAAGAGCGCACCACCAACCAGCUGGUGGCUAUUGACCGCUCUGGCUUGCCCUUGCAUUUCUUCAUCACGCCCAGCAGCCUGCCGGAGCUACCCAGCCCCACAAUAAAGAAGCUCUCCCGGAGGGUGGAGUUAGCUGCCCGCCGCUACUACACCUUCAACACCUACCCCGGCUGCACCGACACCACCUCGCCAAACUUCAACUUCCACGCCAAUGCCGACGACGGCUCCUGCAAAGCGGCUGAGACCAACUUUACCUUCGGGGGCGCCUACCAGGAGUGCGUCCCACUGUGGGGCCCGGAUAAAUCAGUUCUCUGCCAGGGGCUAGAACACAGGAAUCCGCUCACCGGGGCGUUCUCCUGCCCUGUGGGCUACACCCCGGUGCGACUGAGCACCCAGGAGCGGGAGGAAGGCUACAGCCAUCUGGAGUGCCACCGCUCCUGUAAGCUGCUGGUGUUCUGCAAGAGAGUGUGCCAGGAUGUGUUCUGGCUGUCCAAGGUCCAGUUCAGCGCCUUCUGGUGCAUGGCAAAAAGCCAGGUCCCUGAAAACUCGGGGUACCUCUUUGGGGGUCUCUUCAGCUCUCGGAGCGUCAAUCCCUUGACCAACGCCCAGUCUUGCCCCUCCGGCUUCUUUCAGCUGACGCUCUUCGACCAGCUCCAGCUGUGCGUUAGCACGGACUACGAGAUGGGGCACAGGUACUCCGUGCCCUUCGGGGGGUUCUUCAGCUGCGAGACAGGGAACCCCCUGGCGGGGUCCCACCAGGGGACCGUGAAUGACCCCUACCUAAAGCGCUGCCCGGCGGGAUUCAGCCAGCACCUGGCUCUCAUCAGCGACGGCUGCCAAGUGGAGUACUGCGUCCAGUCUGGGAUCUUCACUGGAGGGGCCCUGCCCCCAGCGCGACUCCCUCCCUACACCCGCCCACCUGCCAUGACCCUGGUGGACAUGGAGACUGUCCUGGUGACCAAUGCCGAUGGAGAGCGCUCCUGGGUCAAAGACGCCCAGACCCAGAUGUGGCGGCUCGGGGAUCCCACUGAGACGCGCCGCGCUGCAGGGCUGGGUGGUGGAGGGGGACUGUCGGGCAAGGAGACAGCCGGCGUCACGGUGGCCGUCACCACCGGCCUGGCCAUCCUCAUCGCCCUGGCUGUCUACGGCUCCCGGCGGUACAAGGCCAGGGGUUACCGCACGGUGGUGGAGGGGCAGAGCCUGGUACCAGACAGCUCCACGUAUGGUACCGCUGCCGAGCUGGGGGAGAGAUGCCAGCAAGACCCAGAGAGCCAGACGGGUUAACUCCCUCUGGCUACUACUGGGGAAAGCCCCCUCCACCCCCAGGCACCGCAACAAGCUUCCCGGUGUGCAGAGCUGUGAGCUCCCCCUCUCCCCCUGGGCAGAACCGUGAGCUCCCCCCCCCCCAGGGUGUAGCUGUGACCCCACUGCAUUAUUAGCUUGAGCUGCAACCCACCCCCCACCGGCCAGCCCCCUGGAGCUAGAGAUGUGUGUGCACAGGAGUCGGAUCGGGGUAACCCUUGAUCCCACCUCAGGGUGACGCUGGAGUGGAGCAGGGUGCUGUCUGUGCUCUGAACCGCCCAGCGAUUAGAUGCAGAGACAGUGAGAGAGCACUCACUGUGGGAGAGGACUGGGCGGGGGGCACACAAUGCAGGGAUCACUCUCAAUACCCCCUGUGACACUGCACACCAUAUUCAUCAUAGAACUAUUAUGAUAUGAUUAUGGCAUAAUUAUGAUGCAUUUUGUACAAGCUAAGUCAUGUGAGGUGUCAUUGGAAAAGUGAUGAUUUGCUGAAUAUGAUUAUCCUAGUUGUAGACAUGUAUCAUUUUUGGAUCUGAAGUUAUGAAUAUUGACUAGGAAUCUGUAUUUCAAUCCUGCUUACUCUGAGUGACACCCACAACUAGCCUUUCUGGUACAACAAUGAAGAAGGCGGACAGUGCUGAUGGCCCAUCAGCAAAGACAAUGGACCCUGGAAGAACUUAACCUUCCUGUGAAUGUUCCAGACAGCCUGUAAGU